CUAGUAUAUACAUAUAUGCAUAUAGAUGAUGUUACUUGAUAUUAAUCCUGUUUUUUUCAAUGAUGUGGAGGAUUUUCUUGAGUUUAGUACUGGCAGCAGUAGUUUUGCAGGGCACUGAACCGCUGAGUGACGAAGAUGGACCUCUUGUUCUUGACUACUAUAGAGAACAGUGCCCUUUGGCGGAAGAGAUUGUGAGCCGUAGUGUUGCGGUUGCAGUGGCUAAAGAUCCUCGAAUGGCUGCUUCGCUCCUUCGACUGCACUUUCAUGAUUGUUUCGUCAUGGGGUGCGAUGCAUCUGUUCUUUUGGAUAGCUAUGGAGGCAUAACAAGUGAGAAACAAGCCGGCCCCAACCGCAAGUCUUUACGAGGAUUUAAGGUUGUUGAUGAGAUAAAGUAUCUCCUGGAAGAGGCUUGUCCAGGAACAGUUUCAUGUGCUGACAUUCUAGCCUUGGCUGCCCGUGAUGCUGUUGCACUGAGAGGCGGACCACGGUGGAAUGUGUGGCUAGGCAGGAGAGACUCACUGGAAGCAAGCUUCAACGGUGCCAACCAGUUCAUCCCUCCUCCGAAUUCCUCUCUAGAAACUCUCAUUGCCAAUUUCAAACAACAUGGCCUUGAUAUAGGAGACUUGGUUGCCUUAUCAGGUAGCCACACAAUGGGAGAGGCACAAUGUUUGAGUUUCCGGCAGAGGGUGUAUGAUGUGCAGCUGAGAGGAGAAUAUGAAUUGCACGAUAAAUACAAGCGAUAUACAACCUUUCGAAGAAUCUUAAGGUCCAUAUGCCCUGAAUCGGGGAGGGACCACGAACUAGCACCGCUGGAUCAUCAAACACCAACCAGAUUUGACAACCAUUAUUACAUCAACUUACUCCAAGGAAAGGGUUUGCUGGGGUCUGAUAAUGUGUUGGUCACACAAGAUGAUAAAGGGGAGAUAGUGAAGCUGGUGUGGGCUUACGCAUCCAAUGAGAAACUGUUCUUCGCUUCAUUUGCAGAGUCGAUGAUCAAGAUGGGAAAUAUCAAUGUACUCACCGGAAGCCAUGGAGAGAUCAGAAAGAAUUGUAGGUUUGUCAACACCUAAUUAAUAAGAAAUGCAUGGAGGUUGAGGGAGCUCAGAGACUGAGUGUUUAAUAUUAGUUUAUGUUGUAUUUCUACUAUUUCAUGCUGAUCUAUGACUGUGUUUAUGACUUCUUAGCCCCUUACAACAUUUAAAUAAUACUCGAAUUAUAAU